AUGGACAUCAUUUUUCCAACCGGAACCCAACCUUUUCUCUCCUCUCUUCACCCUUCAGAGUCUCCUGUUCCAGGAUCUCUGAACUUUAGCAUCGCAUCGCGUAGCUCAAGUUCUCCCAACAACUUUACCCCGAUCGACUUAACGUCGUUCACCACGGAUUACCACCAGCAAUCAUGGCUUCCCUCACCCCCGCCCCAACAGCCCUUGGCUUCCAAUCAGAACAACAACAGCAACAACAACAGUGCACUCGAGGACUUCGUGCUCUAUCCAUCAGCAGCUCAACACCCGCAGCCCCGCUUGCGUGUGCCUUCGACCAACGCCCAUAGAAUUUCUGCCCUCCAGCCUUUCCUGGCGCAGAACAAUCUUCGAAGACACUCUUUCAGUCUGCAGUUGCACCGACAUCUUCAGCAGCAGUUCUCUGGCUCUCCUGUCCAAGACCCCAGAGUGACCCAGCUUGCCCGGUCUGCCUCUAAUUGGUCCCCUCCCACCCUCCAGCACAGUCGUCCCAAUACGGGUUCCGUGCCUUCCAAUACUCCAAACACCAACCGCCCUCCCGUCCCACUUUUCAGUGGUCAACAAGUUUCCAACCAGAAAGCGCAAUCUUAUCGACGCGUCAUGUCCACUCCCAACUUCAUGGAAGCUCACGAGGACGAUCUUUUCGGUCUUCCCUCGGCUGGCUUCCCUGCCACUAUGGAUUCUCCUGCCGCGUUCAAUGACCUCGGCUUGGCCAAUGGCUUCGUCGAUGGUCCCCCAGGCACUAUCUCGCCCAAGGAUCUCAUGAUGGACGCGUCUGUUCCUCCUUCUGGAACAUUCACCGAUUUGAGUACUCCUUCCUUCGAGUCGCCUGGCACCUUCAGCCAAAACACCUCGCCCAUGUUCGCCGACAUUGAUAUCGCCGGCGAAGACUGGCCCUCGCUCUUCGGCCCCGGAUCAGAACUGAAUGCCUUUGACCUUGCUACCAUGGAUGCCGCCGCUGCUUACUCCAUCGAGCCCAAGAAGCCCGUGAUGCAAGCUCCCGUCUCUCCCCACUCAGUCGCUGCUCCCUCCCCCAGCGCAAAGCGAUCGGUCGCCUCGUCGCCUGUUCCUGCUACUGGUGAUACCAAGCACUCGAGCAUCUCUGGCGUCAAUGCGCGUUCGCGCAAGAACCUGAGUCCCAUCGCGUAUGAUCCAUCUGAUCCCAUCGCUGCCAAGCGUGCGCGUAACACCGAGGCUGCGCGCAAGUCGCGUGCUAAGAAGAUGGAACGCCAGGCUAUCUCUGAGCGUCGGAUAGCCGAUCUCGAGAAGAUCAUCGCUGAUCGCGAUGCCGAGAUUGCCAACCUCAAGGCUCAGCUCGCCAUCCAAAACACCUUCCAGUAA